AUGGGGACGGAGAUUAUAUGUGAUCCUGAUGGCGGGGCGGAGAUUAUAUGUGAUCCUGAUGGUGGGGAUCACAUUAUAUGUGAUCCUGAUGGCUAUGGAGCAGUACUAAGCGAAAAGUCACCAUCAAAACAAACACAUUUGAAGGUUGAUGGAAAGUUAAAACUACUAAAUAAGCGUUCACUUAAAACCAUCCAAACUGAAUAUGGUGAUGUUAUCGACUGUGUCGAUAUAUAUCAACAACCUGCUUUUGAACAUCCUUCUUUGAAGAAUCACACUAUUCAGAUGAAACCAAGCUUUAACCCGUUAACUAAGAGCAAAAACGGUACAUCGACGGGAGCCAUGUCUCAAAGUUGGCGGAAAAGUGGAAGUUGUCCAAUAGGUACAAUACCUAUUCUUCGAAUCUGGAAAGCUACCUCUCUUGAGAAUUAUGGAAAGAAAAAUCCGUAUAUAACUCCUUCGCAAAUGAGUACCACAACCGAAGAAACUAACGAUGACCGGAAACCUAAUUACCUUUACGUUAAUCGCUCGACGGCGAUCCUAAUGGCCGAAGGAAACGAUUACAAAGGAGCUAAAGCAAGGAUCAGUAUUUGGAACCCAGAAGUUGAAAAUGCAUACGAGUAUUCGACAGCCCAUAUAAGGCUUGUUUUUGGUUCUGGCGAUCAAAUGGAGAGUGUCGAAGCUGGAUGGAUGGUGUAUCCCAUUCUUUACGGGGAUUCAAGUACACGAUUCUUCAUACAUUGGACUGUUGAUGGAUCAAACCGAACAGGGUGCUUUAAUCUCGUUUGUACUGGGUUUGUACAAACCAGCAAUGAAGUUUCUGUUGGAUGCAAAAUUUCUCCAAUUCUUGAUUCUGGGUUUAUUUCGAGCAUAAUGGGUUAUUGUAUUUCAGGAUACAUCCACAAACAACUGGUGUUUGGUGGUGAAGUUUAUUCCGAGACCAUCGGACAAGAAAGAAAAGGAGUGAAGCACACAACAACAGAAAUGGGGAGCGGAGAACAAGCAAAGAGCGGUUUUAUGAUGGCAGCUUCCAUUAAAGAAAUCCGAAUCCUCGAUGGAUCUCAGAUUGAAGAGUAUCCUAACCCGAGUGAGGAAUACUCUGACGAACCAAAUAUUUACAGUACUUAUAAUGAGGAUUACGACAAAGAAGAUCAAAUUUUUUAUUUUGGAGGGGGGCGUCUAUGA